AUGGCUCGGCCCAGGACCUCACGCUCACCAUCUCCUGCAGGUCAACACGAUGCAAAGCGUUCUCGCAAAGAUGACGAUAGGCGUGAUCGCGACCGCGAUCGCGACCGGCGAGACGGCGCACCACGCGACAGCCGGCGCCGGUCGCGUAGCCCGGUAAAUGUGAGAGGACGCAUCCACCCUUACAGCGACGGAAGAAGCAUUUCUAACGGAACGCAUCUGCAGCACACCUACCGCGAUCGAGACCAAGCACGCGACCGCGACAGAGACCGCAACCGAAACCGAAACCGGGACCGCUCGCGCGACAGAGGAGGCUACCGUCGAGACCGAGACGACUGGCGGAACGACCGAGGCUCCGACUACCGACGCCGAUCCUCGCGGUCACGAUCCCGUUCGUCGGCAGGCCGACGUCGGGACCACAGCCGUGAUGGUGGCCGAAGCGACCGCAGCUACCGUGGCGGCAGCCGACGGGAAGGUACAGCCGAAGCCCCUCGUAGCCAUAGCAGAGGAGCAACAUCGCCACUGCCGCCGCGGGGAACGCCUGCCUCCGCAACCUCAAAAGCUCCUGCGGAAACAAGUGCCGCAGCCGCUGCAACUCGCGAGAAAUCCGAGGCCGAAAAGAAGGCCGAGCGUCUAGCAAAGCUCGAGGCUUGGAAGAAGAAGCACGAGCAGAAACAGGCCGCAGCAGCAUCUGCAUCCCCGUCGGCCACGGCUGCUGCCUCGCCCACAUCCACGGCACAAGUUGCAACAGACACCCUGGCUACAGCAGCAGCGCCUGCUGACGUUGCCUAUGCCGGCAAGUUCGACCCAAAGGCCAUCGCUAAGAAAUCUGCUGCUCGACACCAUUCGCCUGGGCUGCUUGGAUCUGUCACUCUAGGGAAACCUGCUACGACGGAGAGCAAAGCGCCGGCACCGUCCACGGCCAAGAAGGCAUUUGCAAAGGGUGAGUUGCAACCUAGCUCGUUAUGGUCUGACUUGGAACGAAGGGCAUCUCUGCUAACAAAUCGGUCUCCACGUUUAGCAUCCAACGUAUCUGCAGCCAAGCCGUUUAGCGGUUUCGGAUUUGGCAAGGGCGCCGCCGACGCUGCUGCCGGAAAGCGCAAGCUUGACCUCGACGACGAGGAGACCUCCAAGCGAAAGCUAGCUAAGCUCCCCGAUGCCUCUCUAGAAGACGCUGACGAUGCCCCCUACAACGAAGACGAAGACGAGGAUGACGAGGACGAUGGUAGAUUUGAUGGCACCGAAGAGGAGUUUGCUGCGGCUGCUCGUGCUGCCCGAGAGCGCCGCGAAGAACGCAUCUUGCAAGAAAAGAUGGCGAUCGAGACAGAUGCACCCGAUGGCGCUGUCGUUGAUGGCGCCGGCGAGGAAGAAACAAAUGCCACUUCUUCGUCAGAACCGACAGCCGAUGCACCGCAGUCUACGACGGCGUCAGAACCUGUCCCGGUCGUCAAGUCCGAGCCAGAGGCCAUGGAGGUUGAUGAGGCGAAACCAGCUGUUGAGGCAAAACCUACACCCGCUAAAGUGAACGGAUUUACACGCACACAAGAUGCCGCGCCCCAAACUCCGACCGAAAUGGACGUGGACGACGACGUCGACCCGCUCGAUGCGUUCAUGGCGAACCUCGACCAGGCACCAGCCACGAAAAAGGCAUUGAAAACAAAGAAGCCUGCAGCCGAGCCUGAGGCGUACUUUAGUGAUGACGAAGACUACUUUACCAAGGCCCAGGACAGCCUGGAUGCGAAAUCCAUUCUGGCCAUGGCGGCCAAGCGUAAGAAGAAGGAGAUCCCCACGAUCGACUACAGCAAACUGGACAUUACGCCGGUUCGCAAGAACUUCUGGGUCGAGCCGUCAGAGCUCAGCCAGCUCACAGAGGCCGAGGUCGCCGAGCUGCGGCUGGAUCUGGACGGCAUCAAAGUCUCCGGCAAGGACGUCCCAAAGCCGGUGCAAAAGUGGUCGCACUGCGGGCUGACGCAGACGAUGCUGGGGAUCGUGGAGAAGCUCGGGUACGAGAAGCCAACACCGAUCCAGAUGCAGGCGCUGCCCGUCAUCAUGUCGGGCCGCGAUGUGAUUGGCGUGGCCAAGACGGGUUCUGGCAAGACCAUGGCGUUCCUGGUGCCCAUGUUCCGCCACAUCAUGGACCAGGACCCUGUCAAGGACAACGAGGGCCCGAUCGGCCUCAUCCUGACGCCCACGCGUGAGCUGGCGGUGCAGAUACACAGGGACUGUAAGCCGUUUGCCAAAGCGCUUGGGCUCCGCGCCGUCUGCGCCUACGGCGGCCCACCCAUCAAGGACCAGAUUGCGGAGCUGAAGCGUGGCGCGGAGAUCAUUGUGGCCACGACAGGCCGCAUGAUUGACCUUCUUGCGGCCAACCAGGGCCGCGUCGUGAGCCUGAAGCGGACGACGUACAUUGUCUUGGACGAGGCGGACCGGAUGUUUGACAUGGGCUUUGAGCCGCAGGUGAUGAAGAUCUUUGCCAACAUCCGGCCCGACAAGCAGACGGUGUUGUUCUCGGCCACGAUGCCGCGCAUUAUCGACGCGCUCGUUAAGAAAGUGCUCAACAACCCCGUCGAGAUCAUUGUCGGCGGCCGCAGCGUGGUGGCGCCCGAGAUCACGCAGAUCAUCGAGGUGCGGGAGGAGAAGGAAAAGUUCUUCCGUCUGCUGGAGCUCCUCGGCGAGCUCUACAUGAACGACGAGGACGUGCGGUCGCUCAUUUUCGUGGAGCGGCAAGAAAAGGCGGAUGAACUGCUGCGCGAGCUGCUGCUGAAGGGCUAUGGCUGCAUGUCGCUGCACGGUGGCAAGGACCAGAACGACCGCGACUCGACGAUUACCGACUUCAAGAACGGCGUGUGCCCUGUCCUAGUGGCGACAUCGGUCGCGGCGCGCGGCUUGGACGUGAAGCAGCUCAAGCUGGUGGUCAACUACGAUGCGCCGAACCAUUUGGAAGACUACGUGCACCGCGCCGGCCGAACCGGUCGUGCUGGCAACACAGGCACUGCCGUCACGUUCAUCACGGAGGACCAGGAGAACUGUGCACCGGGCAUCGCCAAGGCGCUGGAGCAGAGUGGGCAGCCCGUGCCCGAGCGUCUGGCCGAGAUGCGCAAGGCGUGGCGCGAGAAGGUCAAGGCAGGCAAGGCCAAGGACCAGUCGGGCUUCGGCGGCAAGGGCCUGGAGAAGCUGGACAAGGACCGGCAAGCCGCCCGGCAGCGCGAGCGCAAGACACACAAGGCGGAAGGCGACGACGAGGAGCCCGACAAGGAGGCCGUCGAGGAGGACGAUAAGAAGAAGCAGGCCGCGAGCAACCUGGCACAGUCCGCAGCGUCGGCCAUUGUGUCGCGCGACACGGCCAACGAGGGUGGCGAUAGCAGUGCGGCGGCGUCGGCGGGCGCGGCCGGGAAUGCCGCACCGGGUGCGGCCCUGCCUUCCAAGCCAGGCGUUGGUGGCGGCGCAGCACUCGAGAAGGCGGCAUCGGCCAUCAACGACAUCAAUGCCCGGCUGGCCCGAGCCGGCCAGCUGCGCUCUGGCCAGGCCAUUGACAACAAGGGCCCUGAUGCAGGCGCGUUUCAUGCUACGCUCGAGAUCAACGAUUUCCCGCAAAAGGCUAGAUGGGCCGUCACCAACCGGACGAAUGUGGCCAAGAUUCUUGACUCGACCGGCACGUCGAUUACGACCAAGGGCACCUUCUACGCGGCCGGUGCCAAGGUGCCUCCGGGUGGUGAGGCCAAGCUGUACCUGCUCAUUGAGGGUGAUACGGAGCUGGCUGUGGGCAAUGCGCUCACUGAACUGACACGUUUGCUGCGCGAAGGUACGGUAGCUGCAGCUGAUGCAGAGAGCCGGGCGCCGGCCAGUGGACGGUACACGAUUACGUGA